UCCACCUCUCCCCGACUGCCUUCCUCUGAGCUUUUUAGAUGUACAUAAUCCCUGAGUUGACCCAGAAAAUAGGCAGUCGUUUCAAGAUCUGAUGCGGCAGUCUUUGUGCACACCGUCCCCGCUUGAGCAUGAAGCGUAACCCAGUGGAAUACAUACUGUAAUUCAGAGGAGAUUUGCGUUUGCAGAAGGGGAACUGGUUAAAAAGACGGAGCCGAAGCAAAGUCGCGCAACUUUGUGGAAACGUAGCGGAUACGGACAGGAGGCAUGGCAGACCAUCUGAUGAUGCCCAUGAAUCACAGCUCAGCGGGCGCCAGUCUCCACGGUUACAGGAUGGGCAUGAAUGGCGGCCUGCAGGCAGGUCACCAGCAGCAUGCCAACCAGCAGGGCAUGCGGGCACUGCCCAAUGGACAGAUGAUGCACUAUGGCGGCGCCCAAGCCAACAUGGAGAACGCCAUGAGACAGCGGCAGGGCAUGGUGGGCGGACCCAUGAAUGGACAGCUGAACGGAGCCCAGAUGGGUCACCACCAGAUGACCUCUGGUAACAUGAUGUAUAAUGGCCAACCACAACAACAACAACAGCAGCAUCACCCGCAGCAGCAUCAUAUGCACCCACAGCAGCACCAGCAACAAGCCCAGCACCCUCAGCAGCAGCAGCAGCAACAACAACAACAGCAGCAGCAGCAACAACAGUUUAUGAAUGGAGGCUUAACGUCCCAGCAGCUAAUGGCCAGCAUGCAGCUGCAAAAACUCAACACGCAGUACCAUGGACACCCUCUGGGGCCUAUGGGUGGGAACCACAUGGGACCCACCGCCCAGUACCGCAUGAACCCAGCUCAGCUGGCUAACAUGCAGCACAUGGCUGGACCGGCUCUGGCCUUGAACGGCAUGGACGCGGAUAUGAUUGACGAGGAAGUUCUGACCUCGCUCGUCAUGGAGCUGGGUUUGGACCGGGUCCAAGAACUUCCAGAACUUUUCCUGGGCCAGAAUGAGUUUGACUUCAUCUCAGACUUUGUCAGCAAACAGCAGCCCAGCACUGUUAGCUGCUGAGAGGACCUUAUCUGCAGAGGAGCACAAUUUGGAGACAGACAAAGUGAGAAUAGUCCAGGAUGCAAGAGGAGUGCUCAUCUCUUCACUUUUCUUCAGCUGGCUGCUCCAUGAUCAACUUGAGUUGUGGCGCAGGAUGCACAGAAGAGAACUCUGGAUAUCCACAGGGGGAACACGCAGCAGCUCACAUGUGGCCAGAGGAAGGCUGGCUUUACAGGGCCACGCUCUGCCUCUCUUAUUGCCUGGACAUGAAUGUAAUGCUGAAAUUCUUAAAAAAGCCACUCUGAUCAAGGCUAUGACACUGUGUAGCCUCCAAGUAUGGACUCCAUGACAGUUUACCAGUAAAAAGGUGUAUUUAUUUAUUCCUAUCUGAAAAAUUGAUAUAAAGAACAACCACUCGCUCUGUUCGGGAACUGAGGGGUUUUAAUGAGUAGGAUGGGAGAGAGAAUGAAAUGUAAUUUCUCUGCUCAUGAAUAAUUUUUUUUGCUCCCAUUCGAUCUGAUUUAAUGGUUUAGCAUUUAAAAUAAGCUCAGACGGUAAGGUUGUCCGCAAAGGACAGAAGUCAGCCACGACAGAAGUACAAUGUUAUCUCAUCUGAAUGGGAGUCUCAUCCAGAUCUUAAAAAUGGUUCACUUUGUUUGUGAAGUGCUGCCUUUUUUAGAUGUGAUGUUCUCAAAAACCUUCUGCUUGUACUGUAUGAAGCUGUAAUACUCCAACAUGUCCACACUGUUGUGUUCUAUUGGAGAUGUAGAACCGCCUUAAUCACGCAGAUUCUUAUUUAUUGGUUGUUUAUAUUGUCCCCUCUUUUUUUGUGGUCAAGAUGGGGGGAUGGUCUUUGUGAAAGGGGUUGUUGAGGAUCAAUAAAGAUGGCCUGGAUAGAAAUGUG